GGCACACUCUGAACGGACAACGCCGAGCAUACUGUAAAUUAGAAGCCUGUUGGUAUAGAAAACACCUUAUAUCACAACGGAGCUUAUAUAGGCUCCCACCCACCACAAAGUAUAUCAGAGGAGCCCAAUCCAACAUAAAGUAUUAAUACAGGAUCCCUAGCCAUCAUAUCAUAGGAAUUCACCGAUCGACAAGUAUUAUAUAGGAAUUUUAUUCUGCACGUUAUAUAUUACAGAGUCAUUCAGUUAAGUUUCCUCAUCAACCCAGGAUUAUAUCUAGAACGGGAUAUAUCAGAAAAUCACCCCCACAACAGAUACUUCCAAAAUAGCAACCGUAUUUCGGUGGGGUACCAGGCUGUAUCUUCAGCACCUUGGACAGCAGCCCACCGUGAGAGGACAUGAGGUUGUGAGCUCUCUGUACUAUGGCUCCUCUUUUCAUGCGGCUCUGUCUGCUCGGGCUCCUUAGAAGGAGCCUGGCAACAGACACAGAAGAGCGGUUGGUGGAAUUCUUGUUGGAUCCUUCACGCUACAACAAGCUGAUUCGUCCAGCAACCAACGGGUCAGAACAAGUCACUGUACAACUCAUGGUAUCAUUGGCUCAACUUAUUAGUGUGCAUGAACGGGAGCAGAUAAUGACAACCAAUGUGUGGUUAACACAGGAAUGGGAAGAUUACCGGUUGACAUGGAACCCAGCUGAGUUUGACAACAUGAAGAAAGUGAGACUUCCUUCCAAGCACAUAUGGCUUCCGGACGUUGUACUUUACAACAAUGCUGAUGGAAUGUACGAAGUGUCCUUCUAUUCCAAUGCUGUGGUAUCUUAUGAUGGUAGCAUCUUCUGGCUGCCACCUGCAAUCUACAAAAGUGCCUGCAAGAUUGAGGUCAAGCACUUCCCCUUUGAUCAGCAGAACUGCACUAUGAAAUUCCGCUCAUGGACUUAUGAUCGCACUGAGAUUGAUCUGGUGUUGAAGAGUGAUGUAGCUAGCUUGGAUGACUUUACACCCAGUGGAGAGUGGGACAUCAUUGCUUUGCCAGGGAGAAGGAAUGAGAACCCAGAGGAUACCACCUAUGUGGACAUCACCUAUGACUUCAUCAUUAGACGCAAACCUCUCUUCUACACAAUAAAUCUAAUCAUUCCUUGCAUUUUAAUUACAUCAUUGGCAAUCCUUGUAUUCUAUUUGCCCUCUGAUUGUGGGGAGAAGAUGACACUUUGUAUCUCUGUGCUUCUGGCUUUAACUGUCUUUCUGCUUUUGAUCUCCAAGAUCGUACCCCCUACCUCCCUUGAUGUGCCAUUGGUGGGCAAAUAUCUAAUGUUCACUAUGGUUCUAGUGACUUUUUCCAUUGUGACCAGUGUCUGUGUAUUAAAUGUGCACCACAGAUCCCCCACCACACACACAAUGCCUCCUUGGGUUAAAGUGGUGUUCCUGGAGAAGCUGCCUACCUUUCUUUUCAUGAAGCAGCCAAGACAGAACUGUGCGCGUCAGCGGCUGCGGCAGCAACGGCAAAGCCAGGAGAGGGCAACUGGCAGUUUCUUUCUUCGGGACAGUGCCAGGUCCUGCACUUGCUAUGUGAACCAGGCCUCCGUGAAAAAGUAUGGAGGGCAGCUCCCUGAACUACCAGAGGGUGUGAAUGGCUUCAGGGACAGACAAGGAAAAGUUCGACAGUGUCUGUGUGGUUUAGAGGAGGCAGUAGAUGGAGUGCGUUUCAUUGCUGACCAUAUGAAAAGUGAAGACGAUGACCAGAGUGUAAGUGAAGACUGGAAGUAUGUAGCGAUGGUGAUCGAUCGUCUGUUCCUUUGGAUUUUCGUCUUUGUCUGCGUUUUUGGGACGAUUGGAAUGUUCCUACAGCCACUUUUCCAGAACUACACUACUAACACAUUACUACAGAUGAACAAUGCAGCCCCCAGCUCCAACUAGUGUUGAUUUGGGGGCAGUUUGUGAAAAUAAAAAUCUUUUUUUUCCACCAGGAAAUACUGACACUCCAAUUCCAGCCAAAUCUGCGACUAAGCAAAUGUGCAUAGCAAUCAGUGUCCCGUCCGUUCAUAAAGUGACAAAUGCAUUGCCAAGGUUUUGAGCGUGGAUUCUAUUGGGUUUGUUUAUUUUUACAACCUGACAAGAAUACACCUUGAGAUUGAUGGAAAUAAUUCUUGAACUGAAAGAAGCGUAUAAGAUGCAGCCACGAGACGCUUGUAUGGAAAGCAACAUUAUGUACUUGUGGGAAUUUAAUGUAUUCCAAGCAAUAAUGUCAGAGCUGCACAUAAAGCUUUUUAGUCUCUGUCAUUGCUAUAGAAAGUCAUUACCAAAUCAUUUUAAGUGUAAUCUUUUUAUUUGAAUAAAAGGGACACUAAAUUAGAUGUAUUCUAUCAUCAUAGAAAUGAAGGUUUCCUCAUACCCAGUACAGACAUUUAUCCCAGAUUUUGCUAUAAAAAAAACUUGUGAUGUUACCAUCUGCCAAUGAUGUUGGGCUGCUCCUUCACAUAAGCCGUUUUUACUUUGUGUCCACUGGCAGUUGAGCAAAUAAGAAGCCACACCGCAUACUCCAUGAUCAAAGACCAGUAGAUGCUAUCAGAACUGAAAGCUGUAUAGAGAGAGUAUAUGGAAAGAUAGAUUGCACUUUUAUUUGGUGUGACAGCUACAGCACAUUCACAACCCAUUUUUCAGUGCCAGGAACAUGCACAGUUUUUGCUAAUGGAGUGGGAAGUAUGGCUUCUCAUUGGCUGUACCACCUGCUUGCAUUCGAAGUAAAAAAAAAAAAGCUUUUUUGGAGGAGUGGCUGAGCAUUAGUGACUACAGCAAUAUUCGGAAUGUUAUUUUGAUUACUGGAAACCAGUGAGAUUGGGGUGGGUGUUUAAUAGAGUGAGGUAUGAGGACGCAUUCAUUUAUAUGAUAUUGAAAAAAUAUUCAGGUUUAGUGUACCUUUAAAAAUGGAUCAAAAACAAGUAUGUUAAUUUAAGGUGGCGCACUGUGGCGGUUAGAAACGAGUCCUGUACUACACACACUAUGCAGAUUCUUUCAUUUUGAUAAAUGUCCUUCUUCCCAGUUUACAGAAUGCACAGACUAGAUUUCAGCACAUAUUAUUGAGUAUUUCAGAGACUGGACAGAACUGGGCUGUCUUGUGUAAUCUCUCAUUAGGCUGCUUUAUUUUUCAUUUUAGCAUGCUUAAUUCUUUUAUUAUACUCCAAAAUCAGACAUGAGAAGGGAGCUGAGGUAUUAGAAAACAAGAUAUUUUUUAAGCCAGUAGAACUGUAAGGCACAGACUGUGUGCUAAUUGUCCUCUUUCACUCCUUAAUUAAAUGCCUCUUUCUCCUUUUAUGUGACCUUGAUGAGGUCAGAUGUACACGAUUCACUGCAGGUUCUGAUAAAAACAAAUAUUUGUAUAAAAUAUUCUGCUUUGGAAACAAA